GAACGAACGAGGUUAUUGACAAACGAGGUUCAGACACAGCCUCUAAUUGAAUCGGACGCGACCACGGUUGAAACAGGUUUAGACUUUCAACCGCCCUACUUCCCUCCACCAUAUUACCCGCCCAUGCCAACAUUCAACAACCCAGGCUUUGCGGCUUUGCAUCCCGCCUCUGGAGUUGCCUCCUUGGGACCUUUCUUUGGUGGAAGCAUGGGGUACGCGGGCGCAAUGGGCCAUCCACAGUUGUAUCCACAGUCUUCUGUGCUGAGUUCGUUAUCACACCAACGAAGUUAUCCUGCUCCCCCAACUGGUUAUAAUUUCACACCGAGUAGCAGCUACUACCAGCAUCAGCCAGUAACUGAGCCGUAUUCAAACACCUCAGCAACCUCAACGGAAAUCUCUGCUAACGGGAAUAAUGAACCGAGCUUGACCAGUGCCCUUCAUAUGCAACUAGGGUUUCAAUUAAGCAGAACAACGGAUCAGAGCGGAACACCGUCUUCAAGUGAUUCCUCCGGCUUGUCUUCACACAAUUCAUCCAACUUCUUAUCACCACCCCUGGGAUCGACGAAUUUAGAAACUGAGGUUACCAGCACCGGCGGGUCACAUGUAUCGACCUCGUCAGAAGCUAUAUACCCCACAAACGUAGGUACCUUACUGUACCAUUCGUCCUUGCAUUCAAGCAAUGGCAGUGGAACAAGUGCCGUCGCAGCCGCGGAAGGUGACCUGGGAGUAAGAAACAUAUUGUUUUCUGGUUGUUCUACAAGAACACCGCCCUAUUUUGACACUGCUCUGAAGAACGCGUUUGAUCUACGUGGAAGCCAUUCGGAGAUUGCGCGUGUUGUUGGCGGAGGAAUUGACAAGAUGCGCCAGGACUCAACUCCGACGUCUCUGGUUUCACACGGAUUCCCUUCAUCUCUUGGAGAACUUGAACAAUACUCUUCAUCAUACAACCUCUUCCCAAACGGUCUGACGGGCUUCAUUCCGGGGGCUAAUAGACAAUCACACAUGCAAUGUCAGUCAGUGAUAGAGGGCGGAGCACCGUACAGUCGACAACAGGCUACCGGAAGUAAUGGGAAACAGGGACUGUUUAGGAGAGGAUUUCGCUACAGGACCAAUUUGGAAUGUCGCGCGGAAUUCGCCCACGGUCCUAGUCCAGGUGAUAUAUUCUGUACCGUACCUGGCCGAUUAUCCUUGCUCAGUUCUACAUCCAAAUACAAAGUCACUGUAGCUGAGGUCCAGAGGCGUCUCUCACCUCCCGAAUGUCUCAACGCUUCAUUGCUCGGUGGCGUUUUGCGUAGGGCCAAAUCAAAGAACGGAGGUCGGUCACUUCGGGACAAACUGGACAAGAUCGGGCUAAACUUACCUGCGGGAAGACGAAAGGCCGCCACGGUAACACUGCUCACCUCAUUGGUUGAA